UUUGUGGGGUGUAUGAUUGGUGGUUGGUGUGGUUAUGGGGUUUGCCUGGGAGGGUUUGAGGGUAUGUGGGGUGUGCAUGGGAGUGCCUGCAUGAGCCCAACUGAGCCGGUCACUCCAUGUCCCCACCCCACAACAGCUCAGAUCCCGCAUGCCCUGUGGUGCUGCUUCACCACUGCUAACAGGGCACAGCCCCAGCAUAGCGUGCACCAGGUCCACCCAUGCUUGACACAUUCAUCCGCCCCUGGGCAUGUAGCGUGGGUAGGGCAGCUCCUUCUGGCAGCUGCCCCCAGCCCCACGCUAGUACUGGGGACCAGCGCUUACCGCCCUGACCCCACAUGCCCUGUGCCAGCUCCAGGCUUGCCCUUCUAGUCUCAGCAGAACCAGUAGCAUCUGGGCCGAAACUUGCUUGUUGUGGAGGAAUAACAGACCCUCCCCCUCACUGCUGCCUGGCAAUUUCUGGUGCAGCUACCUGCAACUAAGCAAGUUCCCUGGUGGCUUGCGCACUGCUGCCUCUGGGCUGCCGUGCGACUGGUCUGUACUGUCACUGCUGCCGCACAGGUCAGCCCAGAGGCAGUGGUGAUGGAGUCACAGGGCCGCCUGGUGUGGCAUGGGCUUCAGGAAGCCGCACCAAAAUCUGCCCUACAGUGGUGAGCAGGAGGACCUGAUUUUCCCUGCAACAAGCAACAUUUCUUUUUCUGAUGCAGCUGUUGCUGCUGCUGCUGUUCAGCCUGGAGGGGCGAGCCUGCAAGUUCUGCCGGGGCCCUGGCUUAGCAGCUGUGGCACGAGAAAGAAGCUGCUGCUCAGUGUGGAGUAAAAGCGGACUCUCUGCCUCCCCACCCUCCACUGCUGGUACUUGCUCAUGCAUCUGCCCAGAGCCUGCACGGGGCUGCUCUGCAUCUGGUCUGCGUUGCCACUGCUGCCCCGCUGGGCAGCUCAGAGAUAGCGGUUACGGUAGAAACUCGGGGCCACCGAGCACGGGCUCCAGACAACUAUACCUGGAAGCACUGGUGUCAGGUGGGGCUGCUUUUGCCCUGUGCUAGGCUGCGGUUUCUCUCCCAUGCUGCCACUGCUCAGCCCGGGCAAGCCAGGCUGGAGCUGGCAGGGUGCGCACGGGGUCAUGUCUGCGCACACUAGUACCAGCUGUUACCACGUGGCUGUAGACAGCCAGAAAGAGCUACAGCUACCCGGACUGCCUAGAAAGGCUGUGGAUCCAUCCCAGCCCCACUUUACGCCCAGCGGGCAGCAGGAUGUGCCACAGCUAGGCAGCACGUCAGCCAGUUGGGACCAAGGAACCCUCUGAAGGUAGACAGGCCGUAUUUUGCCCACCCCUGCUGUAAUGUGUCCGGGCAGGUGUUGUUCCCACUCUCUGAAAUUGAACAAUGUGGAAACAAGCAACUGAUCCCUUUUCCUUCUAAUGACAGAUGUUAAGGGACAAUCAGGUUUGUUGUCUUGAUUUUCAGCCCAGAUCCAGUUUCCAUGGGCUUCCAUGAUCUUAAGUUGCCGUCUUCACUCAGCAAUGUAAGAGUUAAUUCUGCAGCCCAAAGUAGCCACCCUCUCCCAGGGUAUUAUGGGAUUUGUAGUCCCCCAUUAAAAUCAGCAUGGUAUACACAGGUUCUGUGUAGCCAUUCCUGUGGGACAAGAAAGAAGCUGAGGCUGUCCCUGGCUGCUUCUGGUCAGGUUGACCUGGAUCCCAGGAAGAGUUUCAUCCUGAUCUCAGGCUGCAUUAAGUGCCUCCAUGUCACGGGUGGGAUUCAAAAGAUUUCAGGUUGUGGCAGAAAGUGAAUCCCCCGUGGUUUGCACUAGAAUUGUCCCCUGUUAUCAGAUUUGCCCGUUACUUUGGGGUUUGCUCAUUUCUUAGGGGUACGUUUCUAGGGUCUUUGUAAUUCUAUCAGUGUGCUGUUUGUGUUACUUGUGUUUGUGUAUGGAGCUGUAUCUCUCCCUUCUGCAAGUCCUCACCCCCUAUGGAGCUAUCUUGCAGGACUUGGUUUCAGUGGGGCUGGGUUUCUCCAGUCACCAAAUCAGUUAAAUGCAUACACACAAAUAGAUUAAUGUGACAUGCUUGACCCAACUGGGUUGAUCAGCAUGGACAGGCUGACACCCUCAUAUGCCAGGAAUCAGUUUAUUAAGGUAACAAUAAAAUGCAGUCAGACACAAGCACACAGGUGAACAGAAUACCUCUGAAUCAGGCUGGGUGUCCAGCUGUCACCCUCAUGGGCCAGCAUUCAGUUCAUCAGGGCACGUCUGAACUAAACUUGGUCAAUCAGCCUAUAUAGGCUGAUCCUCUUUGUGUCUCAAACUCGGCACGUCCCAAUCUUUUGCCCUAACUGUCCUAGUAGGUAUAGACUCUUGAUGAGCGGGCCCCACAGGAUUUUGGGGCUUCACAGGGGUCUUUGUCUUAGGUAAAAGAAAUGUUGCUGCAGAGCAAGUGGGGAAGCCUAAAUAGAGAAGGAAAAAUACACCCAGUUACCACCAGUUUGACUAUAAAAGUUAUUUAUUGCUAAGUAUAUGAAAUGUACAAUGGUAUUAGUAGUAAUAGACAUGAAAUGAAAACUAAAAAGAAUUGCAAUAUUACCCUGGUUUAAUUGUGUAUCUGGGAAAACCUAGCUCAAGCUUAACUAAAAAAUUCGUGUUCAGAAAGCUAUGCCUACAGAGAAAAAGAAAGAGAGAGCGAGAGCUGGGAUCUCACCACUCCAAGGCACUCGGGUGUUUUGCUGAGAGCUAAAGUUCCCAGCAUGAUCGUUGAAGGUUAAACAGGUGAAGGAAAGAGAUGAUCUGUUUUUCCCAGUUUCUCGAGAUCAGUGGCAGAUGGUGUCAGAGAGAUUUCUCCCUCUUGAAGCACACUUUUUGCUGCUUUCUUGUACCCUUACUCCAGCCUCUUCAACAUAUUCCUUUAAUUGUGUAAAUCAAGAGGGUCUCAAGCUGUCACUGAUAGUGAAAACCCUGUUGUAUAAACACUUUCAAUUUAAAUGAACUGCCUUUUUCAGUGACAAGAGAUUAUCUGGUUUAGAACAUCUUAAGAAACUGAUUAAGAACCAGGAAAAACAUAAAAUUUUAAGGAGUAACCACAUACCUAGGUGCCAGCUUGAAAUUAUUAUGAAUAUAGAAGAUAUUAUGGAACGGCUUCUCAGAUGACCUAGCUAUGCUUGGACUGUGAAGUCAGCAUCAGUGCUGUGUAUUUUGCCUGUUGUGAUAAGCCUCAGCUUAGCAUGACUUUCAGAUCUUCUUGUAGACUUUUAACAGGGGAUUACUUGGAGUGUUCAUAAACUUUGUGGGGAGGACUUCCACCAGUCAUCCUGGGAAAAGUAUGAUAGCAUUUGUGGUCAGGGCUCCACUGGGCUGGACGUUGUGAUGAACCCUGAACCAUUGUUCAGAUGUCACCCAUACCCCAUCUGACUCGGUCUUUUGCCUGAGCAUUCCCUAAAUGGGCGAACGAGUUUUAGUUGAUCAAAUUUAAAUAGGCUUACCGUACUGAGGCGGAGCAGUGUAUGGGCCAAGAUGCCUAUUAAACUUUUCUGCUUAGCUGUGGUUAGGUGAGGGGUGUGUGUGGGGUGGGAUUGGCGGGGGGAGGAGUAUGGAUAGAAAAAGUCCUUUGUAAGCCCCUCAAGCUGGGUGCCAGGGCUCCGUAAGGAACACAGAGCUGACAGGUAACAUCCCUUGCUGUUUCCUCUUUGGGGCCUUGAGUGUCAUGAAGCCUCAGACUCAGUGGAGAGUCCUGGUUCAAGUUCAUGACAAAGCCUUAGGCCGUUUGAGGACUCCUGUGACCUGGAGGCCAUCUGGGACAGGAGGCGCAAGGCUGCUGAGCAGAGCGGAGGAGCAGCCUCCUGUGGAAGGGUCUGCAGACCUGGAGCCAGCGCAGACUUCCCCAGGGAGUUUGUGUGAGAUGGACUCCCUGGGACCUGAGAAGGAGCCAUGGCACGAGAGUCAGGGGAGGCCCCAAACGCAGAAGGAGAAUGUAGCCAUGAGCCAGGACUGGUACAUCCCCCUAGGGAGGAAGAUACACCAGUGCACUGAGUGCAGGAAGAACUUCAUCUACUUGCAAGACCUGUCCCAGCAUGAGUGUGCACGGCAGCACUGCACCCAGUGUGGGAAGAAAUUUGGGCAGUUCUCCGACCUGGCAAGGCACUGGUGCAUGCACACAAGGGAGAAGCCACAUCAGUACUCGGAGUGUGGUAAGAGCUUCACUUACUCCUACCAGCUAGCUCGACACCAACGUAUUCACACAGGGGAGAAGCCCCAUCAGUGCUCAGAGUGUGGGAAGAGCUUCAGUUACUCCUCUCAGCUGGCUCGGCACCAGCGUAUCCACACGGGAGAGAAGCUACAUCAGUGCUCAGAGUGUGGGAAGAGCUUCGCUCAGUCUUCCACCCUGGCUCAGCACCAGCGUAUUCACACUGGGGAGAAGCCACAUCAGUGCUCAGAGUGUGGUAAGAGCUUCACUUACUCCCGCCAGCUGGCUCGGCACCAGCGUAUUCACACUGGGGAGAAGCCACAUCAGUGCUCAGAGUGUGGACAGAGCUGCAAUUACGCCUCUGACCUGGCUCGGCACCAGCGUAUCCACACAGGGGAGAAGCCAUAUCAGUGCUCAGAGUGUGGGAAGGGCUUCGCACGUUCCUCCAGGCUGGCUGAGCACCAGCGUAUCCACAUGGGGGAGAAGCCACAUCAGUGCUCAGAGUGUGGGAAGAGCUUCCGUUACUCCUCCGGGCUGGUUGAGCAUAAGCAUGUCCACACGGGGGAGAAGCCACAUCAAUGCUCAGAGUGUGGGAAGGGCUUCGCUCAUUCCUCCAGCCUGGCUGCGCACCAGCGUAUCCACAUGGGGGAGAAGCCACAUCAGUGCUCAGAGUGUGGGAAGAGCUUCACUUACCCCUCCCAGCUGGCUCUGCACCAGCGUAUCCACACAGGGGAGAAGCCACAUCAGUGCUCAGAGUGUGGGAAGAGCUUCCGUUACUCCUCCGGGCUGGUUGUGCAUAAGCAUGUCCACAUGGGGAAGAAGCCACAUCAGUGCUCAGAGUGUGGGAAGGGCUUCGCUCUUUCCUCCAGCCUGGCUGCUCACCAGCGUAUCCACAUGGGGGAGAAGCCGCAUCAGUGCUCAGAGUGUGGGAAAAGCUUCAGUUACUCCUCCGACCUGGCUCGGCACCAGCGUAUCCACACAGGGGAGAAGCCACAUCAGUGCUCAGAGUGUGGUAAGAGCUUCACUUACUCCCACCAGCUGGCUUUGCACCAGCGUAUCCACACUGGGGAGAAGCCACAUCAGUGCUCAGAGUGUGGACAGAGCUGCAAUUACGCCUCCGAGCUGGCUCGGCACCAGCGUAUCCACACAGGGGAGAAGCCAUAUCAGUGCUCAGAGUGUGGGAAGAGCUUCCGUUACUCCUCCGGGCUGGUUGAGCAUAAGCAUGUCCACACGGGGGAGAAACCAUAUCAGUGCUCAGAUUGUGGGAAGAGCUUCCGUUACUCCUCCGCGCUAGUUGAGCAUAAGCAUGUCCACACGGGGGAGAAGCCACAUCAGUGCUCAGAGUGUGGGAAGAGCUUCAUUUACUCCUCUGAGCUGGCUCGGCACCAGCGUAUCCACACGGGAGAGAAGCUACAUCAGUGCUCAGAGUGUGGGAAGAGCUUCGCUCAGUCUUCCAGCCUGGCUCAGCACCAGCGUAUCCACACAGGGGAGAAGCCACAUCAGUGCUCAGAGUGUGGUAAGAGCUUCACUUACUCCCGCCAGCUGGCUCGGCACCAGUGUAUCCACACGGGGGAGAAGCCACAUCAGUGCUCAGAUUGUGGGAAGAGCUUCAUUUACUCCUCUGAGCUGGCUCGGCAUGAGCGUAUCCACAAGGGAGAGAAGCUUUAUCAGUGCUCAGAGUGUGGGAAGAGCUUCGCUCAAUCUUCCACCCUGGCUCAGCACCAGCGUAUCCACACAGGGGAGAAGCCACAUAAGUGCUCAGAGUGUGGUAAGAGCUUCACUUACUCCCGCCAGCUGGUUCGGCACCAGCGUAUACACACUGGGGAGAAACCACAUCAGUGCCCAGAGUGUGGGAAGAGCUGCAAUUACUCCUCUGAGCUGGCUCGGCACCAGCGUAUCCACACAGGGGAGAAGCCAUAUCAGUGCUCAGAGUGUGGGAAGAGCUUCCGUUACUCCUCCGGGCUGGUUGAGCAUAAGCAUGUCCACACGGGGGAGAAACCGUAUCAGUGCUCAGAGUGUGGGAAGAGCUUCCGUUACUCCUCCGGUCUGGUUGAGCAUAAGCAUGUCCACACGGGGGAGAAGCCACAUCAGUGCCCAGAGUGUGGGAAGAGCUUCAUUUACACCUCUCAGCUGGCUCGGCACCAGCGUAUCCACACGGGAGGGAAGCUACAUCAGUGCUCAGAAUGUGGGAAGAGCUUCACUCAUUCCUCCAGCCUGGCUCAGCACCAGCAUAUCCAUGCAGGGGAGAAGCCACAUCAGUGCUCAGAGUGUGGGAAGGUCUUCACGCAGAGCUCCACCCUGGCUCAGCACCACACAGGGAAGAAGUCGUAUCGAUGCUCAGAGUGUGAGAAGAGCUUUGCUAACCCUGAUGGACUGACUCAGCAGCAGCGUAUCCAUACUGUCAUAUCUAAGUGAGUUGAGUGCCCUUGUCACAGUAGAACUGCCGUGAAUAACCACAGUUACUUUCAAAUUUAGUACAUUCUGCCUCAUUAACUAUUCCCACUUGACAGUUUGUUAUUGGCUACUCCUAAUGUAUAAAAACUUGUGCAACUUCCGCCCAAGUCGGAGACCUCUGAGCCUGGAGAAUUCCGGCCACGUGACAGAGUGAAUUGGCAGCCUGGUCAACCACCAAUUUCUCCCCAUCAUCGACCGGUCCUGACCUACCCCUAUCCUGCAUGCUUGUUUCUUUCUACAAACUCGCCGGCUCGGUUCUGUUGCUAGUUACCUGUAACCACGCAAGCAACUUGUUACCUGUAACUACGUAAGCAACCUUACCACCUGCGUCGCAGCCACCAGCGGCGUAAGUAAAGUUAAAGUAAAAGUUAUUUUGCAACCAAUACGCUGUGUCUCGCCUCUCCAUCCACCAGCCCGCCUGACGGCCAAGUAAUCAGCAAUCCUCAAGUCGGCUCCGGCCAUCUGAGACAUGGCAUCACGAACAGGAUCUAAGGGCACGGUGGUGGAGAUGAAUUUAAUUGAGUGCUGCCCCUGGCGCACUGGGACCUGCUGCGUGGAAAACGCAGAUGAACUCUGGGCGCAUAUCGCCUACCACCAGGCGGUAGGAGGGGAUGGAAGGAACAUUGACGGCGUCUUCUGGGUGAAAGUGGAAGGAGCAGUCAUGAAGGAGUGGAGAGCAAAGCUGUUUCCCGGGGCGUUCGGGUGUGUAAUGGGCAGUGACUGGGUUUUCUAUUGGCCCCCGGAUGAAACACUGACCCUAUCCCUAGCGUGGGUGAAGGCAAAGAAGGCGGAAAAACUGACCCCCGCUCAAGAGUUUGCCCAGUGCACCCAGUACCUGAGGGGAGGAGGGGAACCCACCCCACCAGCCUGGUUUAACUGUCUGGCUUUAGUGCCUGGAUCACGCGGUCACGAACUCCUCGGCCAGCUCCAGGAAGGCCUAGAGACCAAGAGCUGCCACGCGGCAAGAUGGGGGGUGACAAAGUGGAAUAAAGGAAAAAUAAUAAAUGUAUUAUUCCGUUCGGUAGCGGGUUUACUACAGGAGAACGCAAACCUAGAGGCUCAGUUGCACACAGUGGGCAAGGAGUCACUGGAGCAGGCGGCGGGGGGCUCUGAGCCAAUGCUCGAAAAUGGCGCUGGCCGUAUGGUGCUGCUGCCAGAAAAUGGCGCGGAGGAAAGCAAAAAGGGCACGAAAAUCCCCCUGGGAGGCAGGCUGGCCACGUCAUCGCCCACGGCCCCACCCCUAGGAGUGGCGCCAAAAGAAGCCCCGUCCCCUGACUUGGAGCCAGUAGUGGAACUGCCCCCGUAUGAGGGAGGAAAGUUGUAUGCAGUGCUCCCGCCGGACACAUUUAACCCUCUCCCAACUGCGGCUCACCCGAUAGCAUUGAUGAAACGUCGCAGAUGCACAAGGUGACACACGCACUACCAUUACAUAUCGCAUGCGCACUUGACCAGAGAUACAAGAACUUUGUCGGGAAUCAAAAAUGAAACCUGAACAAACUCUAGCCAUAUGGCUAGGACGACUGAUUGUGGAAUUCGGAUCUGACGUACUAGACUCAGAAGAAGCUGUGUGGGCCGGGAGCGGUCCGAGGCGUUCGGGGGCGCAUGGCGCGGGCUGUGGCCAGCAGCCCUGGCACGUGGGCCGGGGAAAGGCGGCACGACGGACUAGAAUUAGGCACGGACUCGUAGCAGUUGAUUAAAGAUUAUUUUACUUACACCGUAGAUGGUCGCGGUGCAGGCAGGAGAAAACUUUGCUUAAGUUGCAGUUACAAACACGAACAUGACCUGCAGAUAAACUCGAGCCUCUUGAACAACCCGGAUCAGAGCUCUGGAUACACACACACAAAGUUUGCUAGGCUCCGUGGAAUGAGCGCGCAGGGAAGGGGUUCGUCCAGGGAUCAGGCGGCGGGGAGAGGCUAGAGGUUGAUCAGGCCCCUAUAUCCUCUAAGGCACACGCUGGGUUCGUUAAGCUCCACAGCGCACCUAGAGUUCUCCACAAGAUGGUUACGGAGUCCUCCCUUGCGGGGUUCUCCUCGGAGUUCUCUCUCUCUCCAACUUGGGCAGAAACCACUCAAGCCUCUUACACGGCUAGCAGGCCAAUCGCUAGCCGCCACGUGGGAAUAAUUUAGAACUAGCCAAUAGUGGGAACCAAAUUUACAUACGGGUGGCGGGAACUCCUUUGCACCGUGCAUUUCUCUUUGCAACUGAGAAAUGCACCCUGCAAAGAAAGCUCCGAAUGGCGGGAAUAAUUCAGCAGUGCCGAAGCGCACACAAUCAUAACCAUGGGUCAUGACAGAAGCAAGUGCCUUAACCCGACAAGCGGUGUGGAGUGGAGGACGUGCCACUGAUCUGAACGUGAUCACGGAAAACAUGCAUUGGCCCAUUCCACUCCCGGCGCUUGUGGUAGGACAAGUGACUCGUAAAUCACACGUUUGGCAUGAGGGUCACCCACAGAAGGUCAGUGCAGAACAACUUCUCUUGGCCAUAAUCGGAGUGUCGUACCUUUCGUGGAACCCAAGGGUCCAUCCACUGGGACUGGCGCAGGCCCAACGCAAGGAAAAAUGGGCUCACUGCCAUUUACCAAACCCCGGAGGAGUUCCAACGACUGGAGGCCAUAGACUCCUGUGUAGAGGUGUACAGAGGGACAGACGCUAUCACGCUCUGACUCUUUCUUAACGGUGGGUCAGCCAGCAGGGAGCCUCUUAAGUCAUCUCCCACAACUGCAGGCACUCAUGAAACAUAGUGAGAGAACUCCUAUCGACGCAGAAAACCAACCUUUGGCGUAUCCGGUCGAGGCCCCGAGGCCGAAGCGUCAGGAACUCGACCUGCGGUGAGAAUCACGGUCACUACCCCAAAGAACACUGGAGGAAAGAGCCAUCGGGUUCCUCCUCAAUCACUCCAGGCUCACGAAGCAGCAGUUGUGUAUCCUGGGGAAUGAAGGCCAACGACACCUAGCGGCUGAGUUAGGUUUCAAAUUCGAUGACUGUGGCAGAAAUGCCACCGUGGUGCCCCUCUCCAGAGAUCUGUCUCCACCAGCCUGGGAGGCUGCUGUUGAAUCCCUCAGGGCGGGAUCUCCCAUCUUGUCUGCAUGACAAAAGCCUGGUGCCUGGGAGGCGAUGCUCUGGUUACCUGGGCAGGGGGGGAAAGACCCGGCCCUGCGCGGGCCCAGGUAGCCAGGGAUGCUUGGCAGAUUGGUUGGUUUGUAGCCAGUAUUGGCAGCUUCGAUUGGACCGGGCUGCUGAGGUCAGAGAGGUGAUAAAAGGGCCUGGUCCAAGAAGAAGGCAGCUAUUAGCCAUGCGGUCAUCCAGGUGAAUCUGAACCUGGCUCUCUCCUCAUCACCACAUGCUCCAAGAGUGCCCUGCCUCCAGAGGAAACUCCAACUACCUCUGGACGAUGCGAGUGAGUAAGCUACUAGUGAUCCGAUUAGAUAUUUAGCUUCAGUAACUCAGAUGCGUGUUUAAACGGCUACCUCAGCCACCCUGGUUUGCUCUAUGGGAUUCCUUUGAUAUUCCUGUAAGAUUUCUAUGAUACUGCUCUACCUUUUACCCUGUUUCCGCCCUACCCCCUGUCAUCAAUAAAGUUCUCCUUUGUGA